AUGAGAUGUUCGAUUCCGACGCUUGACGCCAAGUUGGAAAAGGCCUUCGCCUGGUACACACGACAUCUUCUCGUUGAUUAUUAUGCGGUAAAUUUUGAAUUUGAUGUAGGAGCACCAGAUUGGUCUUCAAAGGGCCCCUUGAAGGUUCCCCUAUAGGGGCUCUAAAGCUUGCAAACCAUGACCACUCUAGGGGUUUUAGCUAGUAGCCGCUUGAGGGAAGCAUGAUAGUGAUACCUAUACGUCUUUUUACUUAAGAACUCCAGAGUGGUCCCUAUAGGGGUAGCUUUAUUUGUAACGUGAUCCCUUUAACUGAGGUUUAAGCGAUCAAGUGUAUCUUUUUGACUCUUAAAUAGGUCACAAAAUCAAAAGAACCCUAUAGGGACCAAUUUUUUGCCCCUGAAGGGCCUGUUCUUUUCUCUAACCUCUCUGGGGAUCACUCGAACUUUAGGGGGGCAAAACUUGAACCCCUAUAGAGGCCAACUAAAAAUAACCCCUGUAGGGACCACUUUUUUGUCUUUUAUAUGGGCUGUUUCUCCCGUAACCUCUAUAGGGACCACUCUGAAGCUCCUAAGUUUCUCAAAAAUCAUAAAAAAAGAAUCAAGAGACCCCUAUAGGGACCACUCAUGUUUCAGGGGCUCAUGGGAGGCAUCUCAAACACUUAUAGAGACCUCCCUUUUGUCCCUCAUAAGGACUUGUUUCCGCAACCCCUCUAGUGACCACUCUGCCGUUUCUAAUUAGAAUGGCUUGAGGAUGCGUUGAGGUUUUAGUUAGAAGCUGAGCGUUGAAAGGGUCUAGCGCAAGUCGUUUUUGGUCGGGAUGAAUGAUAACCGAUUUUCUGAAGUUAUUCGUUUAGUUCAACUUUUAUAGGUGUUGCAACGACUCGAAAGUGUUCAUUUUCGUUUUUUUUCUGUUCCCAGUGAUUCUAAAGCUAGGAAUGUAGUUGGUACAUAAUUUUUAGACUUCAAUUUUGGUAUCGCACUUGAGACUAGAAUUAUAUUAUUAUAUAGUAUGAAUUAUGGAUUUUCGGCCGCAUGUAGAAUGGUUCAACACGUUGCGGUCGCACUGAGGUUUUAGUGCCUCAUUUUUUACGAAUCAAAAGCGUUUUUCGAGGUUAAUAGUCGUUUUUUAAAGGUUUCGAACUCAUUAUAGACUUCUAAGCAUCUCAGAAAAGAUAAUUGACCGAUUUUUCAUUUCCUAAACCUUCUGAAAAUUCAGAUUUUGAAGAAAAAAGCCGUUUUUUUCAGAUUUUCCUUAUCGGUCCAUUGAUCCUGACGGGUAUUUGCGGAUUUGGGUUCCGAUGGGUGAAUGAAUUGACCCUUCUGGAUGCCAGGAAGCUUUAUACUCCCAGUUAGUGCCCCUUCCUGGCAAGAGGAACGCGUUUUCAGUGAGGUAUUCUGAAGAAAAUGACGGAAAAAAUGAGUUUUUUCCAGCUCUGGCCGGUGAGAUCCGACGAAUUCCUCCCGGAAAGGACGUUUCAAUGGAAUCGAUACCUGUAUUUGGUGGUCCAUGGACGGCCUUUUGAGAAUGAUACCUACCCGAAUUUGUUGGAAGGUCUUGGAAAGAACCGAAAAAAAUCAGUUGGUCGCAUUUGGAAAGGCUCAGAGCCGUUAUUUUGGAUGAGGUUGACAGAAAGUCGCUCAAGGUCGGGCGCAGCUGUAGAUUCAUCUUUUGUCGGAAAAGCGCGACCGCGACGCGUCAAGCCAUUCCAAGUGCGACCAGAAAAAGAAAAAAUAGAACUUGAAGCAAUGAUUUCAGUUUCCAGGCACCUAUCUCGACGAUAUUGCCAAAAUUGAAAACGAAAUGGCGACCGAAGUGAAAUUCAAGCCAGAAAUUUUCUCCAAAUUGAAAUUUCCCAAUGAAACGGAGCUCUUGGGAGCUUCUGAUAGCGAAAAUCUCAAUGAUACCUUGACUUUCCAGGUAUUUUUCACCUUAUUAAGGUAAUUAAUUAAGAUAAUUUCAGGAUGUAUGUAUGAACUGGUACGGGGACUGUUAUCGGGAGAAAAAUGUCAUCGAAAUGCUCAAAAGACGGCAUGAACUCGACGCCAGGUGGGUUGUUGGUUCGAGUCCUGUCGAGGGAUUUUUUGUCAUUUUUUAAAGAUUUUUAAAGAGUUUUUUUUUUGGACGUUCUUCAACUUUUUUUGUAUUAUUAGUUCGAAAACCAUUCAGAAUAAAAAAAUAUUUCUCAAAAUUCGACGACAGGAGGGUCCUUGGUUCGAGUCCUCUCGAGGGAUUUUAGAUUUUUGCCAUUUCCGGAAGAUGUUUUCAAUUGAUUUCUUCACACGUUGCUCAAUUUAUUUAGUGGUUUCAGUUCGAAAAAUCUUAAAAAAAUCGAAAAGUUUCUCACGAAAUCGACGCCAUUGGGCUUGCUGGUUCGAGUCCUGGCGAGGAAUUCUAGAUUUUUGUCUUUAUUUAAUGAUGCUUGGAAGUGAUAUUUUUGAACGUUGAUUUUUUGUAACGUCACCUUGAUUUUCUAAAAUAAGGAAGUUUCCUGAAAAUCGACGCCAUUUGGGUUGUUGGUUCGAGUCUUGUCCAGGGAUUCUUGAUUUUUGCCAUUUUUAAAAUGGUUUCAUUGCACAUUUUUCACGUUUUUUUUUGUAAUACUAGUUCAAAAAAACAUUUUUUUAAAAAAAGUUUAUUUUUGAAAAUUCGACGCUAGUUAGGUUUUUUUGGUUCGAGUCCUGUCCAGGAAUUUUCGAUUUUUGCCAUUUUUUGAAUGCCUUUUUCAAAAAAUGGCAAAAAUUUAAAAAUGUUUUCUUCGAACCUCAUGCAGUUUUUUUUUCAUUUUGUUAGACUUUUGCGACCUUUUCAAGUGUUUUCUUUGCUUUUUCAUAUUUUUUUGUAUUUUUUUACACUGGAAUCCUCAAAAAAACUAUGUGAUAUUCAAAAAACUCGACGCUCGGUGGGUUGUUGGUUCGAGUCCUGUAGAGGGGUUCCGGAUUUUUGCCAUUUUUGAGGAGAGUUUCUAGUGGUUUUUUGUACUAUUAUCAUCAUUUAGAACAUUUUUUUUUUGUUAAAGUUCUUUCUAAUUGGCUGAAAACCGUGACAAUUCCUAAGUUUUAUCGUUUUCCAGAGGAAUCGCCGUCACUUUUCCCCAAGUAAAUCAGCAAGGAACGCCGAUUUACAUUGCCUUUGUGAUUGGCGGCGUCGAUACCUUCCCAAAUGACACCAUCAAAGUACAGUAACCUCGGCUACCGUAAUAUUUUCAUAUCUACAGUACGCCCGAGCGAUGAGACUCUGGUAUUUUCUGAGAUUUGAUACGCCGGAGGAGGAUCAUUUGGCCAAGCAGUGGGAAGAUGCUGCCGAGAAGUUUGUCACGACCGAAUAUGCGAAUCAUCCGACUAUUCAGGUUAGCUGAGUGUGACUAGUUAUUGCUCAUGUUAGAGAAAAUCGGAAGCUUUCUGUUAACCUCACUUUUGAGGAUACUUUCUUCAGGAUUUUUAUAAAUUUUUGAGAAUUAGGACAUGUACUCAAGUAAAAAAUUAGCUUGAAAUGACAGUUUAUUGCUCAUGUUAUAGAAUUUUGAAAAAUUUGUCAGUUUUAUGUUAGCCUUAUCUUUCAAGAUAUUUUCUGGAAUUUAAUAAGUUUUUUGGAAGUUAUGGCAUAUACCCCGGUCUGUGACUAUCCACGUCAAGAUUAGCUGAGAAUGACAAUUUAUUGCUCAUGGUAGAUAAUUUUAAACAUUUUCUGAAGCUCUCUGUUAGCCCUAUUUUUGAAGAUAUUUUUUUGGAAUUUUAUAAAUUUUGGAAGUUAUGGCAUAUACUCCGGUCUUUGAUUAUACAGGUCAAUAUUAACUGAGGAUGACUGAUUAUUGCUCAUGUUAGGGGAACUUGAAUAUUUUGACUGUCAAAUUUUCUGUUAGCCCUAUUUUUGAAAAUACUUUUUCGGGGAUUUUCAAAGUUUUUGGAAGUUACGCAUACACUCCGGUUUGUGACUAUUCAGGAAAAUAUUAGCUGCGGAUGACUGAUUAUUGCUCAGAUUAGAGAAGCUUGAAAUUUUUGACUGUGUACUGUGACUAAUCAGGUCAAGAUUAGCUGAGGAUGACUAAUUAUUGCUCAUAUUAAAGGAACCCGGUGUUUUCGUCUAUUUUUGUGAGCCAUCCCCUCCUUCUGGGCAAGUUCAAUUCUUUACUCCCUCAUGUAUUUUUUGAGAAAAGAAAUAAGAGAAGAUCGAAAAGUAUUCCGAAUCUUCAGUGUCACAUCAAGCACUCGCGGAUCCUGGACCAAGGCCUGACCAGAAACGCAAAUCGCCUCAAACCGUAUUUCAACGUAACAAUCGCCGUUCUGGUCAUGUUCACGGCGUUUUACUCCGUCAAAUGGUACUUCCAUACCAGGGAUGGAGAGUGGACCGGUUCGUGGAAUUCCAGCAUUUUUUUGGUCAAGAAAAACGAAAAUAGCAUCAGUUCAAUGGCACUAUGGCUAAUAAUUAGUCUGCGAGAAAAAAAAAAGAUAGGAAUUUAUAUUUUAUAAUUUUAGAAGACGAAUCUAAUUAUCUUUUUUUCCUUGUGUUAAUCGUCAAUUUUUUUCUCAUGGAAACGAUAUUUUUUUUGCUUGCUUUAUCAUUAAGUAAUUUUUGAUUCAUAUAAAAAUCUUUAGAACCUUCAAAACUUCAAAUAUUUUAGUUCACCUUGAAGCCAAUAUUCAUUUUUUCAACGUAGUUAGACCGUGAAAAAGUGGAAUUUUCAAUUUUCAUCAUCAAAUGGCGGACAAAUUCAAUAUUUGAUCAUUUUCCUUGUGUUCAUCGUUAAAUAGGGUGACCUUAAACCGGUUCUAAUUUAUUUAUUCUUUUCACCUUGUGGAUGAAUAAAUUAUUAUUAUUCCAAAUUGUCUCCUGGAAGCGACUUUUUUGAACUUGAUUUUUUAAAAUUAAGCCUUGAUUUGUAUAAAAUUUGUUAAGAGCUUCAAAACUUCAAAUAUUUCGGCCCAUCCCGAAGCUAAUAGUUUUUCAACUUAGUUGUGCUCUGAAAAAUUAAAAUUUUCAAUUUUUAUCGUCAAAGGUCGCAGAAAUUUUAUAUUUGGUCAUUUUCUUAGUGUUUAUCGUCAAACUUUCUCUUGGAGACGACUUUUUUGAGCUGUAUUUAUCAUUAAUGAACUAUUUGAUUUUCCAAAAAAAUUCUUUAGAAGCUUCAAAUAUUCGAAAUUAUCUGACCUUUGUUUUUUUUUCAAACCCUUGAAUCUUUGAAAAUUUCAGUCCACAUUGAUUGGCUUCGAUCCAAACCGAUGUUAGCCUUGGGCGGAGUUCUUUCGUCGGUGCUAGCUAUAAUUAGGUUGGUUUAAUGCUCUAAAAAUUUCAUGAUCCAAACAUUUUCCAGUGGGAUCGGCUUGAUGCUGUGGUUCGGCAUGUUCUUCGCAGAAAUCACUCUGAUCGCUCCAUUUUUGGUUCUUUGUGAGUAGAUUUUUGGUAACUUUGAUUAUUUUUUUUGAUUUUUAGCGAUUGGUGUGGACGACAUGUUCAUUGCGGUCGCUGCCUGGCACAAUACGGAGAUGAAAUUUCCGGGUUUGUUUUAGUUUUUAUUUCAAAGAGAGUAUAAAAGAAGGUCCGAAUUUUUUGGAAAUCGGCCAAAAAACUUUUUGGUGUAUUAGGUUUAUCUUCUCAAAAAUAAAACUAACAGAACUUCCUAGUUUUAGAGAGAAAUCGCUUUAAAGACUGGUAUUUUUUUCACCGAGUUCUUAGUGAAUUUUGAAGUUUCGAGUAAGGUAGUCAAUAAAGUUUCCUAUUUUACCAGAAAGAUUAUCUAAAAUCUUGGGAGAAAAUUGAGUUUUUCAGAGUAUCUAAUUCUUCAAAGACUCUUUGGCCCACUGCCAAAAAAUCUCAACUUACAAAACUUCCUAGUUUGCGAGAAAAAUAGCUCCAAGGCUCUAAUUUCAUACAGAAUGUUUAAAAAUGCAAGUUUUGAGGUAUCGGUUUUUGAAAAUCAUGAAGUUUUGACAUUGGGGAUUUUUCGGUGAGUUUUUAGUAAAUCAUGAAGUUUUUACCUUUCGUGUAAGGUAGUCAAUAAUUUUUUUCCUACUUUUCCAGAAAGAUCUUAUAAAAAUCUUGGGAGAAAAAUUGAGAUUUUCAGAGCUUCCAAUGCAUAAAAAAACUUUUCGGCCAACAAAAAAAUUGAAUUUUUUUGAAUAAUACUAUAUUUCUCUCUGUUUGGUUAGAAACUCAGGAUUUCCAGGAAGAUUUCAGGAAAUGUUGUGAGAAAAAUUAGGACUUUCAAUGCGCCCAAUGCAUCAAAAACUGGUCGCCCCAGAAAGUUUAAUAAUUUCUUAGGAAAUUAUAAAUCUUUGGAAUUAUAUCUCUAGGUUGGACAUGAAAAAAACUAUUUAUUUUUUGAGAAAGUUCUGAAAAAUCGUGUGCAUAAGAGACUGUUGGCCGAGUGCUAGAGAAUUGUAAAUUUUUGAAUAAAAUUAUGUCUUUUUUUGGUUUGGUUAGGAGCUCAGAAAAACUUUCUCGUUUUGCAGGAAAAUUUCAGAAAAAGAUGUAAGAAAAUUUUGAAUUUUCAAAGCAUCCAAUGCAUCAAAAACUUAUUGGCCAAGCGCCAGAAAGUUCUGAAUUUUUCGAGUAAAAUACUAUCUCUUUGUUAGGUUAAGAAGGUGUUAAUAUUUUUCCAGGAAAGUCUCAAUAAAUCGUGGAAAAAAAGACUUUCAGAAACCUAAUGCAGCAGAGACAUUAUAUGAUUUUAAUAAAACUAUUUCUUUUUUUUUAAAGGAAAGUAAAAAUAUUACCUCAUCCUCCACUCUGAAAAUAAAAGUUUGGAACACAAAAAUAUCCCCUCAUUUUCCAGGAAGGUCCCACAAAAUCUUGAAAGAACGAAUGGUCGAGGCAAUGUCCGAGUCGGCUGUCGCCAUUUUCAUCACUUCUUUCACGGAUGUUCGUUUUUAUUCUGUCAUAAUAGCCAUGGUAUUUACUUUAAGGUGCUCUCAUUUGGGGUCGGAACGAUCACGGAUAUCAUCGCUGUCCAAGGGUUCUGUGCCAUGACCGCCUCUUGCAUGUUUUUCAUGUUCAUUUAUCAGGUUUUUCUUUGGUUUCGAUGUUUUAUGUGUUGGAAUUGAAUAGGAGUUUAGCCACGUUUUGUCAGAUAUUUUAGAAAAAAAAAUUUGAAGAUGAGUGAUUUUUUUUCGGAGUUUUUGCAUGAGAAGGUUGAAAAGUUUUGAAUUUGAGAAGGAAAAAUUUGAGUUUAUUGACUCAAAAAUUUGUAAAGUAUGUUUAAAAUUGAGCUCUUUACUACUAUUUUACUUAAGGUGCACUAAAAAGCAAAAGAAAAAUCAGAAAAACCAGAAAAUUAAUUUCUAAAUCGGACCUUUUCUAGCCUUUAUUAUGAGGAACAUUGAAGGUCCUAGCUAUUUUUAAAAAAUAUUUUUCAAAAAAAUUGCUGUUUUUUUGAAAAAAAUUGAUUGUAAUGGGAACCUACACAUUCAACUUUGCUACAAGAAAAAUUUGAUAUAAUUCAAAAAAAGAUUUUAAGGUCACUUUCUUCGCUUCAUUGAUGGUGAUUUCGGCAAAGGCUCAAAUGGGCGGAAGGAACUCCUGUUUGCCGUGUUUGAAGGUGAUUUUAUUAGAGAAUGGGGAUGAAUUUGGUUAUAAGAUAUUCAAAAUUUUGUCUGGAGACCUUCGAUAAAUGAAAAAUUUCGAUUUUCAGCGUUUUUUAAGCCUAUCGGAACAGUUAAAUGCGUUUCAUUUGAAACAUUUCAGAUUGAGAAGUAUCUCAUCUUUGGAGAUUAUUUAGCGAAAAGAUAGAAAGUUUAAAUUUGAAAGAAACGAAGAAAAAGGCAAAAAAAUCGAAAGAUGGUGAUUUUGUCCAUAGAGCAACUUUACUGCAAAAACGCGCUUUUGGCGAUGGUACGACAAAAUCUCAAGUCCGCAAAUCUCGAGGACCGUAAUCUUGUGUACGCAGAUCUAAAGUCCCAUAAUCUUGGAGACCAAAAUCUUGGAAACCACAAUCUUGGAAACCACAAUCUUGGAAAGCAAAAAUCUUCCUUUUUAGUCUUCUUUAUUGCACUUUAUCUACUUAUAUUCUCUUGUUUGGAUCACCGAAUACAAUUUCUGAUAAAAUCUAUUCGCAAAAGCGUUGAUUUUUACUUUCCAAGAUUGUGGUUUCCAAGAUUUUGGUCUCCAAGAUUAUGGGACUUUAGAUCUGCGUACACAAGAUUACGGUCCUCGAGAUUUGCGGACUUGAGAUUUUGUCGUACCAUCCUUUUGGCAAAAAUUUGUCCAUAGAGCAAUUUUACUGCAGAACGCCCCCUGACAACUUUGUCCAUAGAGCAACUAUAUUGCGUGCUUUUGGAAAACUGUUUUCUUCCCGACUUUUAAUUUUUUUUUUCUGAAAAAAUAUCUACAGGCAGACCGAGUUUCAGAGUCUUUUUUGUUUUAGAAAAUUUCUCAAUGUCAACCACGUUCGGAGCUUGAUUUUUCAGACCGAUGACAUUUAUACAAACGAGGAUGGAACCUUAGAACCUCCCUCCAAAUCAGUGGGCUCCGAAAAAUCGAAUGGAAAAAAAGAAGUCGUUUCGAUCCACACGAUCGCUGUGAACAGAACGGAUGAAGCUUCGGCUACGGUUUGAAUAAAAAAUAAAGAAAAGGGAUUAAUUUUGGGUUUGAGGGAGCUGAUAAGAAAUCCUUGGACAGUUCACCGGACCCCUCGCAAAUCCACCUGGCAAUCAAGAGUCGCGGGGCGAUGGGACCUUUUUUCAGGUAGUUCUUGGAGAGAAGCUUCUGCGCUCCAUGGAUAAUCAAACAUUCAGGGUCAUGAAUCGAUUAAUAAUCGCUCCUUUAAAGUCUUGGUUUUCAAAAUAAUUUAUUUUAAGCUUACUGUAGUUUUUCUAACUUUUAUCGUUAGAGCGCACAAGCCUAGAAUAAUGAGCCUCUUCAUUUUCUUGAUUUAUAAUGGUUCUUUUUGAGCCCCUUCUAAGUAGAACUUUCCACAUUCAAAAAAUUGGAAAUUUUUAAUUUUUCGAGGGCAAGAGAUAGCUCAGAGCUUCCUGAACAAUGACUAUUUAUUUUUUCCGUUCCUAAGAACCCUUCCAUUUUCCAGAGACCACUACGUUCCCUGGCUUCUCAACUGGAAAACGAAGAUAUUUUUCCUCCUGGCCUUCAUAAUUUAUUUGGGCAUCGCCAUUUACGGGAUUACUGUAAUGCCGCAAGGAUUGGACUACGAUAAGCUUCUCCUCCACUCGGAUCCGCUUGUCGAAGCGUUGCGGAGGGAAAUCGAGCUCUUUCAUGGAGGAGACCAGGUGAAUUGGUCGCAUUUGGAAUGGCUCAAAGCGUUGGGGUAGCUUUUCGUAAUGCUGUAGAUCUCAAAAAAAAUUGCUCCGAUUCUCAAAAUACUUUUUAAUAUUGAUGAAGUUUCCCCUAGACGUCAAGAUGAGCCAUUUCCGGUUACUGUAUCCGGGUUACGGUAGGUAAAUGGUCACCUGCGUAUCUAAGGAACUACGCUUUUUUUCUAGACUUCUUCUUUAUCUAUUGAUAGGGGAUUGAGUUCUGGGAGCUUCUACAGUACUUCACUUUUCAGGUUACUGUAGAAUUUUUGAGAAACGAUAGUUUUCGUUUUUUGAAAAAUGAUUGUUUUGGCCAUUGUACAGAAAGGAGCCGCGCAAGUAGUUUUAGGUCCGGCGCAACACAAUAUAGCCUACAUAAUACUCGCUACCGUAAGCAAAACUUACCGUAUCCAGAUCGAAGUCGCGGUCCAAAACGCGCCUGACCUUCUACAACCUUCCAAUAGAGAUUGGAUGGAACGAGUCGCCCAGGAAUUCGAGAAUAUUUCUUACUGUAGGUGCUUCUUACGGUAGAUUUUAUGGAUACUGUAUUUCCAGCCCUUGGCGCCAAAGGAACCUCCUUCUGGUUAAGGGAAUAUAUCAAGUAUAGCAAUCUGACGGGCUCUUAUUUGAACGACGAUCGAGAAUCCUGGGUCAUUGGCGUCUACGAAUGGUCCCAUCUGUUCGCAUUUUACAAACUCUGGUGGGUUCAAAAAGAAGCUGAAGGGAGAAUUGAAGGUCCUUUGAAGGUCCCAGGACUUUGUCUGGGCCAACCAGACUGACUACGAGACGUUGAACCUGACGUCGUUCCGGUUCCGAAUCGGCGUCCAUCGACUCUCGACCCCGACGGAUCUGGUGAUGAUCACGGAGGAGCUCCGUGGCGUCGCCAAUCGACAUCCUGACCUCGGCAUCGUCACUUAUCAGCAGAGUCGAGCCAUUGCUGAUCAGGUAGGGGGAUCGGCUCCUGAAGUUCUUAACUUGGCUGAAUUUUGAGAUUUUUUAGUCCUGCACUGACCAGUUUAGGUUGUACUUUUUUGUCUAGGAUACCUAUACCUGAAAUGUAUUUUUCGAGCUUCAUUUAACAUUUUUGGCUCUAGUUGGACAGGUUUUCCUAGCUGAAAUCUAAACUUCUGAAAUACUUGGAAUUAUUUUUAGAGUUUUUAGUCCUGCUCUGACCAGUUUAGGCGGUCUUUUCUGUAAAAUCUGGUUUUAUUUCUAGAAUAUUUUGAACUGAAGUGAAUUUUCUUUUCUUGGCUCCUCUUGGACAGUUUCUAUUCUCUUUUAGUUGGGCUAUGAACUCCUGAAAUUUUCCACCGCUGAUUAUAAUUCACGAUUGUUCAGUUCAGUUUUUAACGGUGUAAAGUGUACUUUUUUGUCAAAUCGGAUUUUGGUUCUAGGUCACCAAGAACUUAAGGAAAACCCUUUAAUCUUGAUAAAAUGUUCUCUGACCCCAGUUGGACAGUUUCUUCUAGCUGGGCUCUGAAAUCCUGAAUAUCUCGACCGCUUGUCUAUAUUUUGAAGUCUUGCUUCGAAAAGUGUGGACUGUACUUUUUGUCAAAUCGAAUUUUAAGUCUAGUAUGUCUAUAACUGAUGUGAAACCCUUCAAUCUUGUUACUCCAUUUCUAGAAUCCCAUUUGACAGUAUUUUCUAGUAGGCCCUAAGCUUUCAAAGUCGUGCUUUUAUAGUUUCCUUAAUCCAGUUCCCAUUUUAUCGAUGGCUUAUACACUUUGAAAUUCUGAUUUUCCGAGCGCAAGACCUUGAAACUCUCAAAGAUAGAAGUUUUUAGAAAUUCACUGUUUCCCAGAAAACAGAUGUUACCAGGACGAGGAAGGUCAUUUCCAUUUUUGGUUGGGAACUUCUUCAAAAUUUGCUAUAGCCCAUUGACGUAACAGAGAGGUAUCCUGAAAGUUUCAACCUGAAAAGCUUUCUACUUUUUGAGAAAUAAAGGCUUGAAGCCUCAAAAUGGCUUACUUUUAAGGUAUUUAAGGGCUUUCUUGGACUUUAAGUUGUCCUUUCUCAAAAACAAAAAAGUUGUGCAGGUUUUGGCUUUCAGGAUAUUUUCCUGGCACAUCGAUGAUUCAAAUUGAAACCUUGAAAUUGACUUGCAGCUGAACGUCAUCCUCCCUUCUACGAUCCAGAACGACUCGUUGGCCAUGAUCUGUAUGAUUCUGGUCGCCUUGGCCUUCAUUCCCAACCCACUCUGUGCUGUUUUCAUCUCCCUGGCCAUGGUCACCAUUGACAUCGGUUUUUUGGCUCUUCUCCAACAAAAACAAGAGUUUUUCAGGGGUCAUUGGGUUUUUGUCAUUAUGGAGCGUGAAGCUGGACCCGAUCUCGAUGAUUACGAUCAUCAUGUCUAUUGGUUUUUCGAUCGAAUUUUCAGGUAGGCUAUAGAAAAAAGUCCAUUGAUUAGAUUUUAUCACUGUAGUUUUCGAAAAUAUUCAAAAAAAAAAAUUCUCUAAUAUUUUUUACAUGAAAUGAUGAGUAUCUGGAGCGAAGAACACAUCUUUGAGAGAAGCAAAAAGUACCGUAUCUCAAAAAAUGUCUACAGUAACCCAAGAUGGUAUGUACUGAAAAAGCUUCAUAAUUGAAUUACCUAUCGAUUGAUACACAGCAAAUGACACAUCUUUGAGAGGAUUAAAAAAGUACCGUAUCUCAAAAAAAUUCUACAGUAACCCAAAAUGGUAUGUACUUAAAAAGUUUCAAAAUUGAGUUACCUAUCGAUUGACACACAGCAAAUAACACAUUUUUGAAAGGAUUGAAAGGUACCGUAUCUCAAAAAAAAUUCUACUGUAACCCAAAUUGGUAUGUACUGAAAAAAAGUUACAAAAUUGAAUUACCUAUCGAUUGAUAUACAGUAAAUGACACAUUUUUGAGAGGAUUAAAAAAGUGCCGUAUCUCAAAAAAAUUCUACAGUAACCCAAGAUGAUAUGUACUGAAAAAGUUUCAAAAUUGAAUUACCUAUCGAUUGAUAUACAGUAAAUGACACAUUUUUGAGAGGAUUAAAAAAGUGCCGUAUCUCAAAAAAAUUCUACAGUAACCCAAGAUGAUAUGUACUGAAAAAGUUUCAAAAUUGAAUUACUUAUCGAUUGAUAUACAGAAAAUGACACAUUUUUGAAAGGAUUGAAAAAGUACCGUAUCUCAAAAAAAUUCUACAGUAACCCAAGAGGAUAUCUACUGAAAAAGUUUCAAAGUUGAAUUACCUAUCGAGUCAUAUACAUUUUGCCUAGGAAAAAACUUUUUCUUUGUUUUUCAACUGCCUACAGUAACCUGGCUACGGAAUGAUUACAGUAAACUGGUUACGGUAAGAGGAGAUAUCUCAAAGAGGUGUGUACGCAAUUGUGAUGAUGGUCUCUGGAUUGAAUUUCAUCAAAAUCAAAAAAAAAAAAAUUAUUUUGCUUUUUCUUGGAUUAGGUAACACCGGACGCCCCCCGGAUGUUCCUGAGUUUUUGUAGGAAGCACUUAAGAGGCCUGAAGUCGCUAAAGAGAUCACUAGAAAUGCUCAGAAGCGUCCGGUUUUCAUUAUUGAGCUCCUAGUGAUUUUCUAGAUUCACGGACAGAAUCUAGAGGCCUUCUUAUGAAGCCUAAAGAGAAAAAUCUGUCCGAAAAAGGAGAAAAUCCUAUAAAUUCAGCCCAUAUUACCCACGGAUUCGUCAGUAAUCCCGGCGAUUUGUCGGCAUUUGAUAGAUGCGUCGACGCAAUGGAAAAGCUGGCUUGGCCUGGUGAGAAGCUACCGUAAUCCCCAUCGUAACUUUCUCGAAAUCUACAGUAGUCCAUGGAAGUUUGUCGACGAUCCUUGGAGUGACCGUCCUGGCGUUCAUCGACUCCUACAUGGUCCUCGUCUUCUUCAAGACCAUCUUUUUGGUCAUCGUCAUUGGUAUGUUGUGGUUACUGUAGCUUUGGUAUUACUGUGUGUGAAGCUUUCUUGGAUAAUUUUUGUGAAUUUAUGAGGAACUUGCCUCGAAAUUCUUUUUUUAUUCUGCCAUUAUAAUCACCUUGAAGACGUUAUGAUAGAACUUCUAGUAGAUUUAUUUCAGCCAUUAGAAAAAUUAACUGAUAAUUUAGACCUUGAAUAAUUGAUAUAGUUCGUUUCAGGACCAAUAGGAGAACAAUCAAGGCUUUUACCUUUAUUUUUAAAGUUCAAUAAUCGGAGCUAGGCUAGAUUUUUCGAGAUUUUGAUUGGAAAUUUAGAAGAAACACGAGGGUUUUGAAUGAAAAAUUAGGUUUUGAGGUGAAAAUUAAUUUCCUCAGGAAUAAUUGAAGGACUGUGAGUAACUAUAUUUUGAAAUUUAAAGCCUGAACUCCUUUUUGAGGUCUUACAAGGAGGUUAUUUUACUUCGAGGUAGGGAAUUUAUAAAAAUUGUCCAAAAAGCUCAUUGAUAUACCAAAAGAGAGUCCUGGAGUUCUCAUCCUCUGAAAGUUCCUAGUUUUCGAGAAAUAAGGGCUCGAAGCCCAAAAAAGGCCCAUUUCAACGCGUUCUGAGGUUUUUCUUUAACUUUAAGGUGUCCUUUCUUAAAAACUAAGAAACUGUGCAUGUUGAAUCUUUUAGGAUAUCAACUUGGAAGUGAAAUGACCUUCCUUGUUAGGAAAGUUUACAGAUGGUAUAAAGUUAAGAAUGUUUCCAUUUCUAGGUAGUACGACUAGAAUAUAGUGACACUUUGGCGGAGACUGCUAGGAUGAUUUUCUUACUCAACCAGAUUGAAAUUUUCGACUUUUGAGAGACCCUAACUUUUUUCACAGACCUCCUCGGCAGUUUUUGAGAGCAUUUUUGGAAUCAGCAGGAAAAACUACAUCUAGUAAACCAGGUCUCAUUGGGAAGUUCGAAUGAGAUCCAGGGCCAUUCCCUGGUUAGGUAAAUUUCUUUGUGCCAUGGCUACUCUGAUUUGAGGAUCGCCACAACUCUUUCUUUGACAUACACUGUUUCGUCGUUAUCUAGCUGCGAGAAAACGACGAAAUAGUGCGUGUCAGACAAAGAGUUGUGGCGAUCUUUUGGAGCCCCAUGUCAGAGCAGAGCGUUAGAAAGCGAAGCUAAGAUUUUAUUUUCGAAAAAAAAGGCUGAGGGGUCUUCUAAUAUCAGUCCCGUAUGGAAAACUUGAUCAGUACGACUGGAGUAAAUAAAUUUGAUGUAUCUGAUAAAAUCUUUCAUUUUCCUCCCUCCAGGAGCCUGCCACGCGUUGAUCCUGCUCCCGAUCCUUCUCUCCGUGACGAUUCCAUACGUCGAACGGUUCGACGGCUACCUUCAGUCCCGUCGCAGGAAACGGAAACUUCGAAAAACCGCCAACGUUAACAAAAACAGCGUCUAUGCGAUCAAUUUGCCUGUCAAUGUGUCUUCAUGA